CUGGGCGAGGUGGGCGGAACCCCGCGCGGGGGCUGCCGGGAAAGGUGCCGCUUAUACAGGAAGACCGAGGCGGAACCGAGCCGACUAAUCUGGCGGACCUGCGUUCAUAACCCGCUCACGGCGAUCGCAGCACUUACGUUAACCCCGGUUCGGACUCUAGAGCCACUUCAGCUAUGGCGGACAUGGAAAGCUUAAUGCGGCGUCUGGAGACGGCGGUCAGUCGUCUGGAGAGCGUCGCCGGGGGUGCAGGAAGCGGCUCGUCCGGUGGAAGCCCUGGAGCCGUGUCUGUGUAUGUGGAAGCCUAUGACGAGCUCAUUUCUGGCCCAGUUGCUGAGUACGUUUCCCUCAGCCAGCAGAUAGGUGGCGAUGUCCAAACGCAUGCACAGAUGAUGAAGCAGGCUUUCAGCUGUCAGAGGCAGCUCCUGGUCUUGGGCUCUUCUUCCCAGAAACCCUCGGAUGCGGCGCUGACCACCCUGCUGGCCCCAGUUUCCAGUGUGAUCCAGCAAGUCCAGGCAUUUCGUGAGAAGAACCGGGCCUCUGCGUUCUUCAAUCACCUCUCUGCUGUUAGCGAGAGCAUUCCUGCCCUUGGCUGGGUAGCAAUGGCGCCCAAGCCAGGUCCUUAUGUGAAAGAGAUGCAAGACGCUGCCAUGUUCUACACCAACCGUGUCCUCAAGGACUACAAGGACAAGGACAAGAAGCACGUGGACUGGGUGAAAGCCUACUUGUCUAUCUGGACUGAGCUGCAGAAUUACAUCAAGCAGCACCACACCACUGGGCUCUCCUGGAGCAAGACUGGUCCAGUGGCAUCUGCCUCCUCAGCUGCCCCAGCCUGCCCUGCCGGGGUUGCUCCUCCCCCUCCCGGGCCCCCACCCCCUCCUAUUGAUCUGAACCAGUCACCCGCCGGCAGUGACUCUACCGUAUCUCGCAACGCCCUCUUUGCCUCGCUGAACAAGGGUGCUGACGUCACCAAGGGUCUGAAACACGUGUCCGAUGACCAGAAGACUCACAAGAACCCAGCUCUGAAGGGCCAGGGGGGGCCCAUCCGUUCUGGCCCCAAGCCGUUCUCCGCGCCCCAGCCCACGACCCCUGCUGCCGCGGUCCGUGACCUCCCCCCUGUCCUCGAGCUGGAUGGCAAGAAGUGGAGAGUGGAAAACCAAGUGGGGGCUCCGAACCUGUUGAUCAGCGACACGGAGCUGAAGCAGGUUGUCUACGCCUUCAAAUGCACCAACAGCACCCUGCAAAUCAAGGGCAAGAUCAACUCCAUCACUCUCGACAACUGCAAGAAGUUGGGUCUAGUGUUUGAUGACGUCGUUGGGAUUGUGGAGGUGAUCAACUGUAAAGAUGUCAAAGUCCAGGUGAUGGGGAAGGUUCCUACCAUCUCCAUCAACAAGACGGACGGGUGCCAUGUCUACUUGAGUGCCGCCUCUUUGGCCACUGAGAUCGUCAGUGCCAAGAGCUCUGAGAUGAACGUCCUGGUGCCUGGAGAUGGUGGAGACUAUACUGAGAUCCCCGUACCGGAGCAGUUCAAAACCGUGUGGGAUGGCAAGAAGCUGGUUACCACGGCAAGUGAGAUUGCAGGAUAAAAGGGUAGCACGUGAGACCGCCCCCUUUGCAAAAGCCAAACGGGCUGACCAAACAAUCAUAAAGUAGACUGAAAUUUUACCCGCCACCAUGUUCCCCCAUUACCCAAUCACAGCUGGAGCUGCUCCAUCCCUCAGCCAAUGAGAGGAUGAUUCGCUUUACCUGGAGCAAUCCCUCAGCCAAUUGCGGAAAGCAGCUUUUCAUUCAGUUGGUUAAACAAGGCUUUAGCACUGGCCAAUGAUAAAGAACCUUCCUCCUUUUUGCCAACCACAAUUUUUUUUUAAAUUUCAACAUUCCAGCCUGUGAAGAUGUUUUUCAGUAAGGCCAAAACAGUGAAGCAAGGCGUUUGUCCUGCAUCAGCUUCCUUUUUCGCGUAGCCAAUCAGGUAAUGGUUCUGGUUUACAGUAGCGAAUCAGGUGGGGGAAUGGGUGUGGCUGGUAUCAAUGUCCUUCCCUUUUUGGUCAGGGGGCAGGUGCUCUAAAGCUCCUGGAGAUUUAUGCAAUCCAGCCGUAAAGCACAUGUGUAACCUUUAUCUGCACUGUCUUGCGUGCAAACAAUUACAGUGACGACUGUAAUGUCCGUAGAGAUACUUUCCAGAAUCUUUUUCAUUUUCACUUUUUCAUUUUCAGUACUUAUUAAUGACAUGAAAUAACGAGUUUAUGUGCAGGAUCACUUUUUUUUUUUUUGUAUGCUGAUGCACAAAGAGAUAAAGAUCAAAAAGAAAAUCCCAUUCCAGACAACAAUCGCAUUCCUGUUUAUUUUCUAAAUUGUUUUUCCAAAGUAAACAUUCCACUUAAUGACCCCACACUGGUGGAUUUACUGGGAGGUGUAUUUUGGGCACUAACUGGAAAAUGGCUUACUGGUAAAACAUGCUGCUGGUUUCCGGCUGCGUUGCAUGUGUGCGUGUUGAGGAAAAGCCAUUAUGCCCCCUAGAAGCACUUCAGGCUCCUCACCCUGUAAGUCAGACUAUUCCGUAAAGUAACGCCCCCCCCCCAACACACCCUGCCCUAUUUAUUCAUGCACUCAAGCCACAGCGAAAAAUAAAUGGCCAUUAGUAAUGGGACCCAGAGAUUGCCAGAUGGUACCUGGAAUCCCCAUCGUUGCAUGGAGACGGUUCCCCCACAUCCCUAGACUCCUCCUCGGCUCCAAACACACGCCUCUGUCUGCCUCUGGUGUCCCUUCAGCUGCAUUGCUGUCAUGUGGCAUCUGUUGUUUUUUCUGUAUAACAUUUGUUUACGCCCUUUCUGCCACUUUCUUAUUGGGGUUAGGAAUAUACCUGCUAAUCGAUUGUUCUUGAGGAAGACAUCUUGCAAUGCAAUAAAACAUUACUAGAGA